AUGGGAUCACAGGUAUCUGUUCCAACCGAGAAGGUUGAUGAUUUCACCACUCUAGGUAUCCACGAACGCCUGAGAGCAAUAUUGGAACAACGGGGAAUCAAUACACCGUCACGCCAUCAACAUGCCGCUAUUAAAACUAUGAUUAAUCGACAAGAUAUCAUAUUGCAAUCUAAGUCUGGUACAGGAAAAACUUUGAGCUUUUGCGUAGCCGUGAUCCACAUGCUGCUUGGACGCUCUCCGAGCAUCGACACCACGGAUCAAAUGUCCCAGAAUACGGGAAAAGAAGAAAAGCAACAAACGGGUAAUAGGAUAGAAGCCAACCUAAACACAGGAAAGGGGGUGUUGGAUGGAAAAAAUCUGUCUGGAUGCAAUGACCAGGAUAUCAACCCAAAAGAAGAUAAUCCAAAUGCACCGAACGGUAAAAUCUAUGAGCAAUCAACGGUAGAAGAAGAUGACACUGAAGAAUGGGAAACAAUAGGCAAUGAAGAAAAAACGUUUGGAGAAGUAAUAAUUGUUGCGCCUACACGAGAACUGGCUGGCCAAAUCUACCGAACGUUAUCUGACCUCUCUGGUGACUUUCCAGAGGUAAAGGUCUCACUACACAUUGGAGGUGGUAAUAUAUCUGCGGGGAUAACGGAAUUGAUCGACAUGGCGCCACAAAUAAUAGUUGCAACGCCAGGACGUCUACUAACGAACUUGAAACGGAUUAAAAUCUUUCCAAAACUACCGAGUAUGAAGAAACAAACAGUCUAUUGGAACACAAAGAUGUUGAUAUUUGACGAAGCAGAUAUGCUUAUAGAUGAGCAUUUCCUGGAUCAAACUAAGAACAUUUGCAUGAGAGUUGUAAAUCCGUUCGUACAGGUUGUUGCCACAUCAGCGACAUUCAUAAAGGUGCAAUUUAAACUCUUCGAAGAAAUGGUAGCUGAACGGGAUGUUCAAUUUACCAAACGGUUGAUGCCGUAUCUUGCGAAUGACAUGGACGAUAUGUAUGGGAUCCUGAAAUGCGCCUUUGGUCUACACGUACACAAAUCUAUUUGUAGAUUAGUCUACAGUAGGGAUAUUCAGAAUGAGUUUAUUAAGACGAAAAAACUGGAAGGAAGUUGUGUGGUUUCAAAAAUCCGAGGUCUUGAAGAAAAUACUGAAUACGAAAACGUGGAAUGUGUAAUAAGUACAUACGAUCGUGUUGGUUAUCAGGGUCAGGAAUACCCUGUGCAUUCGCGUUUCAGGCCAGUUGUUGAUUUCUUGAAAUCUUAUGCCAGGAGUAUGGUGAAAAUCAUUGUUUCCGCAAGCCACGUCAACCGUGUGGAAUUGCCGACAAAAGGCGUCAUAUGCUUUACCGAAAACGAUUGCCUUCAAGACUUACAAAGUGUGAAAAGUGCUAUUAAAGACGGAAGGACUGAUUUGAUAGAACAAUCUGACACUCCAGUACUGAAGAAUGUCGUCUUUUGCUAUGCAGAAGUACCAGAGGCACCGAAUAUUGUGAAACAGGUAUCCGUGAAGCUACACCUAAUAGUACAUUUACUACGGCGGUUGCAGUACCGUAAAUGUAUAAUCUUCUCCAACCAAAGUCAUACGCGUAUGCUUGUGUCAAACACCUUGCAACGUCUAGGGAUGGCUUGCAACGUCAUUAGCUCGCGGCAAUCUUCUGGAUCACGACAACGUACAGUCGCAAGUGCUCGUCAAAUGCAUGAAAAUAUCAUCAUCGCUGCUGAUGUUAUUAGCCGUGGAAUACACAUUGAUGACGUUGACCUCAUAAUAAACAUGGAUCUUCCAGGAACGAAAGAAGGAUUUUUGCAUAGGUCAGGUAGAACUGGCCGAUUUGGAAAAGCUGGAAUGUGCGUAUCUAUAUGUACGAAACCAGAAAUGGAAACACUCAGAUAUUUAGAAUAUGCACUCAAUUUCAAAUGCGGACAUAUCGAAGAUGUAUUGGAUAUGGACAAAUGUGAUGAAUGUAGCUCAGUAAAACGCGAGUAUUAUUUGGACGUAUUAAAAAUCAACCACAUAACCGAAUCACUGCAACAACAAACAGUUGGCACCGAAAAUGGUGUGGAUUGUCAUGCGUCAACUUCUCCUCAAACAAAGGAGCAAACUGAGGAUACAAAAAAUGCAGCUAAAAUACCAAUAGAACCCAAAAGUUGGGCAUACAUUGAAGCGAACCCACCAAGACAAGGUUACAAUCAAUUAACACGGGAUCCCAUAAUUGCGUCAAUACACUGCAGCCUGUUCCCAGGCCUUAUGGAGUGCAUAAUCCCGGCGUUCGCUGUAAUGGCAGAAGAUGAGGUGUAUCUGGAGGGUGUAGAGCCUUGUGGCAUAAGCGGCCCUGGGUAUGGAUCAGUUGAAGCUCCGACAUCGGAAAAUACCUUCCGUUUGAGGUUCCUCGAAUACGAAACCGCCAGAGUAGUGAUCCAUGUUCCCUAUGAGCUCUAUAAUAGUAUUGCAAAGUGUGAAAGGGGUGAGGAAUUCACGGAGACUCUCCAUCAUAUGGUUGCUGUCCAACAUGGCGGAUCCGUAAUUUCCAUGUUGGACCCUGUACAUCGUAUUUUCAAACCAAUUGAAGGCACUCUUAUAAUAAGUAUCGUCGGACGGAGGGAUGCUCUGCAUCUUCUCAGCGGCUUGAUGACUACGCUAAAUGUCGAGUUUUUGGUACACAGUGCAGAAAAAACGGAUACACACGUUGUGCCGCUGCAAUACAUAGAGAGCUACCUCGCGGCUUAUCCAGGGAAACGCUUCUACACGAAAGCCCAGUCAUUGUUAGUGGAGCUUUUCGGCGGUCGGUAUGAUGAAGAAUGUAGAGAAGGGUUGUAUUUGUACUUGGACGCGAUAAUAAAGCUUUUCAUCACUGGCACAGGUACGUUCGUGCCGCCAGCGUUCACUCUGGCCUACCAAAUGGUUACUGAUGACCUAUAUGCGAUCAGCAGAGAUGUGUUAGGGGUGGAAGAGGUCGUAAACCGACGCCUACGCACCCUUACUCUGAAACACCCUUGUGAAGUGAGCGAAUACGUCACGUUCUAUUGA